AUGCGGCUGAAGGCACGAAUAUGGUUGAAAAUUUUCUUGGCGCCAAAUGUUUCACAUGCGAUCUUGGGAGGCGAUCGGUGUUCUUCUACCCGGAUCUCAUCAAAUCCUGCAGAGGUAGCAGAGGGCUGGCGCAUCCACUCGCACAGGCACAGCCUCUAUCUCCCUAAUCUCUUAAUGGCAAGUUGGCAGCCCCGAAGAUUCGCAGCAGCUCUUCCACAGCAUUAUCUCAUCUCUCGCAACAUCAUGCUCUCGUCGGUGACAGGAAACGAGCACUCGGAUCAAGCCAAAAGUUUCUUUGAAGGACAAGUUGGACGUUCCUAUGCCCAAGAAUCAUUCUGGGGCAACGAUCCAUUCGAGGAUGUCAAGUGUUUCAAGGAUUUAAAGCCCAAGGAGCCCAAGACUGUGUUCCGAGGAAAUGGGGGAAUGAUCGAGAUGUGGACAGGGGAAUCAUUUCCUGCCAUGAAAGACGCCAGCAUUGCCGCUGGAAGAAUCACAAUCAAGCCGGGAGCGUUUUUUAUGCCGGCAUACGUGGAUAUCCCGGCAAUUAAAGUCGUAAUCCAAGGAAAUGUGGAUGCUGGAGUGAUCAACCCAAUGAAUAUGAACAACAAGGAGAACGUUUACAAGCUCGACAAAGGAGAUGUUGUGGCUCUUCCUCCGGGUGUUGCAACAUGGUGGCGAAAUAAUGGAGCCAGCGACGCGAUUGUCAUCUGUGUGGGAGAUAUGAAGCUCAACGUUGAGCGCAUCUCAGAAAAGGUGUUCUUCUUGGCUGGAAACAAAGGCAAGGAGAAGGGUGGAUCUGGAAGCGUUGUCCGGGGAUUCAGCAGCAAGAUCCUUUCUCAGGCUUGGGAGACUUCAGAAGGGGUUGUGAAAAAGAUCCUUGAGAGUCAGCAAGUGAGUGGAUUGGUCAUGCCACCCAAAUCUUCCAAAUUCAUGUCUGAUCAUCUUUCAAGGGAUAACUCAGGCAGCCAAAGCCAAAACCAGAACCAGAGUUCAUCGGGCCAGGACCAGGAUCAGAACCGUCAAAGCCAAAACCCAGGCACUGGGCAAGAUCAAGGCCAGAGCAAGAAGAAUGCAGGUUUUGUCUACCACUAUGCAGAUGCCACUCCUGAUUACCAGGUCAAUCGAGGUGGCGAAGUUCGUGAGCUCAACAGCCUCAAGAUGCCAAUCCUUAAAUACGUUGGGUUGGGUGCUGAAUGUGUGCGAUUGAGCAAGGUACCACCUUUAUCUCCUUGUUAUGAUUUUUAUUUUAAUUUUCAGGGUGCAAUGGUGGCUCCAAACUGGUUCCUCAAUGGCCACCAAUUUAUCUACGUGCACACAGGAAACGGCAAGCUCCAAGUCGUGAAUAGCUUUGGUGAUCGGGCUCUCGACUUGGAUCUCCAGGAGGGUUCCGUGGCUGUCAUCCCCAAAACGUUCCCCUCGACCGCCAUCGCUGGUCCUAAUGGAAUGGACUUUGUCUCCAUUCUCACCACCCACACGCCAAUUGUGUCGUUCUUGGCCGGGAACAAUUCCGUCUAUAGCGCCAUGCCGCAAGACGUAGUGUCCACAGCGUUUAACAUCGAUCCUUCCAUCGCCAAAACACUCCAGCAAUCUGGAAGCACUAGCAUGGUCAUUGUGCCUCCCAAAACUAGCGGUCAGCCAUGA